CUAUUAAGUCAGGUCUCUCUGAUCCAUUUACUGUCCAGUUUACUCACUGUUGGCGGAUGGCAUGUUCACCAACGUUUACUAUGGUAUAUGGUGAUGGUUCUUGAGUUCACUUCCAUUAGACCAUUUCAUAUCAAUAGCUUCAUGCCCAAGCUCUGCCACUACCUCACACUCAUUUGAUAUUCAUCUAUAUUCACACCCUGUAUCCCCUUUUCGUCAACACGUUUUGAAAUCCACAAUCACAAACCUCGCCGACCAUGUCGCGCACAUUGGAAGCCGGAGCUGCACAACCAAGGAUCUCCUUCACCAACUGGAUCCUGGGAGGACCCCUCGUCACUGUGCCCCCAAGGCAGAGAAAACCAGGCGAACGAUUACCAAGCGGUGAUGCCAACAAAGAACUCAAUCCAAAAUGCAAUUUCAUUGACAACUCCAAACUCAACGAGAAGAGAUAUUACCAGAACAGGCGGGUGUCAAAGGACAAAGUCACAGACACGAAGAAAGAUGCUGAGAAGGGGAAUAAGGAGAAAGAACGAAGGGCUGAGGCUCUAAAAAAGGCUGUGCCGAAAGAUGAAAUUGCGAAGAAGGAAGAGCAGAACAAGCAAGCACAACAAUCAUCAGGAUGGACAAAAGCCCAAGACGACAAGAUCCUUGCCAUGAAGAAAGCAGGAAACAGCUGGAAGAUGAUUGCCCAGGAAGUCGGCGCAUCAAAGAAAGACGUCACGAUCCGGUUCAAAGAACUCAGUAAGGCAGGCGAAAAGAGCGGCUACAACGAUGACCCCUUCCCCUUCGGUGAUAUGCCGGGGAUGUUUAAGGAAGAUGAGCCGACUGAGGACUCCAAAUCCCCUGCUAAACUCCAGAAGAAAGGCAAAGGGGAGAAGGGAGGAGGGAAGGCGGAUAAUGGCGGCAAGGGAGAGAAGGGGGAGAAAGACAAGAUCGUGGUUGACAAAGCUGCGCUGGAGGCAGAGAAUGGAAAGAAAGUACUGGUACCUGACUCCAUCUGGACUAUUGGCGACCUCGAAGUGCUGGCAAAUGUGGAGGAACGAUACAGGGAACUCAAGUGGAUGCAUGUCCAGGCGGGCUUCUAUAACAUGACAGGGCGGAUGGUGGGGAGCGAGGUUAUAAAAGCUAAAUUUGAACAAGGCUGACUGGCUGGGCUGGAGUUAGAGGCGUCGGACAAUUAUGAUUUGCACAUGGGGG